UGACGUUCGACAUUUUACUUUUCCGUGUAAACGACCACGGGCAGGAGGUGGCUUUUUCUUUGCGGCCUCGCGCAGCAGCUGUUUGUGUUUGGGAAAUAUGGACCGUUGAAUCAUCGGAAAGUGACUAGAAGAAAGAAAAUUGCAUUCGUCCAAUAACCCCGUGAAGAAAAAUUGUGAGCGUGAACGUUAGUCGCCAAAGACCGGGCCGAGCGCCACGAAAACAUGUCAUUGUGUGGUCGCCGUGCGAUUGCGAUAAAAAGUGACUCAAACCGUGAAAAAAUCAAUGAAAAACAUUCCAUGACUGCGAUGCAAUAGUGAUAAACAAGUUGAGGACGUGGAAAACUGGGAUAGUGGUUGAUGGCUGGUAGUUCUCCGUAGUCAAUUGCGCGCAAUGCAUUUUUCAUUAGAAUCGUUCAAUUUUCCGAGUGUUUGCGUAGAGUGUUAGAAACAAAGUAAUUUCCGUGGGAAUUGGAGCUAUUUAGAGGUGCAGCUGAUUAGGUAAAAUAGAGCAGCUGCGCGAUGUUUGCACGAAUAAAGAAAAGUGUGUUGACGGUAGUGGCGCCAGACAUUCCGGCGCUCCCGGACACUUCCGGUACGACUCGAGCCCACAACAGGUCAUUGCCCGACAAAUUCACGUACGCCCGGCCAGCGUUCCUUCAGCUGUUGACAUACGACGAGCUAAAGGCUUCCGCCGAUCACAACGUCCGCCCGAUUAUAGUUCCGCGUGAUAUUUCCAUUCUGCCAUGGAGCACGGGCUACGCAGAGUGCGUGAACUCCGGCAAGUCAGAGUGGAACGAGGACCAGGCCGCGUUCUGCCGGCAAGUGCUGACACAUCCGAGCAAACAGCACCCUGAUCUGCCGUACACAUAUUUCGGUAUCUUCGAUGGUCACGCAGGCUAUGGUGCUGCCCUAGCUGCGUCGCACCAAUUCCAUCAUAUCCUGCACGAGAAGCUAGUUGACGUGAUCGACAUGCUGAUGCCCAGACAGGACACGGGUCCGCCCAAACCAGACAUCCUGCCCAGUCCGCUGGCAUUCCAGCGGUCUGUCUCGAAAGACGAGCUUAUCAUCGGUGCCUUGGAGAGCGCUUUCAUCGAGAUGGACGCCCUCCUCGCGGAGGACCGCGACAAAUAUCGAAACGCCGGGGGCUGCACCGCCCUCGUAGCUCUCUUCAUCCUUGGCAAGAUGUUCGUCUCAAACGCCGGCGACAGUCGAUCUGUUCUGUGCCAGAGAAUGUCGAACGAAGUACUUAAGUCACACACGUCCAACAUCUCUUCGAACGUGCCCAACAGCAAGGAUAACUCCGAUUCGCACGAGUCCAAGUGGGAGGACAAGAAACAUAUGCACAUCUUCCCGAUUCCGUUCUCGCAUGAUCACACACCAGAUACGGAACGGCCGCGGUUGAUGUCGACGGCAAAGCUGAACCCGAGCUUGAUGGGAGGCGAAUAUGUUGCGAUGGAGUAUGCAAAGAGACCCGCCGUGAAGGAUCUAGGACAGCGGAUCCUCUAUCGACAAGGGACGAUGAAAGGGUGGGCGUAUAAGACGUUGACAAGAGAUGACUUGAAGAUGCCAAUUGUAAUUGGCGAAGGUAAACGCAGCAGACUAAUGGGCACGAUUGGUGUCACACGUGGAUUUGGCGAUCACGACUUACGCGCCAUUGGUAGUGGUCUACCAAUUAAACCAUUCCUAUCUCCACAUCCGGAGGUAAAUUAUCGCGACCUGACAAAAGUUAUAUCAAUUCCCGAAGAAAACAAUGAGGACGGUGACUAUGGCAUUCUAAUAAUGGCAACCGAUGGCCUAUGGGACGUCAUUGACACCGAGACCGUCAGUAAAACGGUCUUUACAACUUUAUCGAAGUAUCCUACUGAGAAACAUCGCUACACUAUGGUUGCCCAGGAACUUGUAGCUAAAUCUCGCGGUCGUAUCAACGAAUCCGGCCAUUGGCGCCUUGCAGACAGCAAAGCGGCUGCAACGGUCGACGACAUUUCCGUCAUAGUUAUACCAGUCUAUCAGUAUUAUAAGGAAUAUUUAGAGUGGGAACGAAAGUGCAAAGAAGAUUUGGAAAAGAAGAAAUCAAUGCCCUCGCCUGCAUCUUUCGAGACCAGUGUUACUACUAACGGAACAGUUAGUGGGGAUGAAGAAGAUGAGAGGGCCGAAAUAGCCGGCGACGGGUAUGAUGCCGACGGUGAAACUGCGACUACAACAACCCCUUGUGAUACGAUUUCAUCAACUACGAAUGAUGAGGAAGAGGGAAAAGCGACUGCCGAAAAGGAAGUAACAUCAACGGACCCAAGCUCCGGAACGUAGGAUUAAACAAAAAUUAUUUAAUGAAGUUUAUAAAUAAUUAACAAUUGAAACAAUAAUAAUAUAUUAAAGAUUAAAUAACUUAAAUUGGAAGAAUAAUAGCGAAUAAUUUCUAUUGAUUUAAUUUUUCGAACAAAGCGAAGCUACUAUUUGGAACAAUAAUGAUUAUUGCAUUGAAAUAUAUAUUGUAUUCAGAACAGAGA